AUGGAGUCAGAAACGGGUUUCAGGGCUCAGCCAAAUUUUAGGGAAGAGGAGCGGCCAGUCGUCGUUGGUGCUUGCGACAUGUGCCGGAAGAAAAAGAUCCGCUGCCAGCCUACUACGCAAGGAUGCAGGCCAUGCACCAAAUACGGCACAAAGUGUCAUUUUACGCCAAUUGCAAUGACGAGGAAGCCUCGCAGACCAGCUGGUUUCAAAUACAUCGCACAGCUCGAGAAAAGACUUUCAGGAGUAGAGGCUCUGCUGGGAGACAGGUCAUUGGGAAAGCCAACUGUACCCGACAUCAGUUCGCAUAAAGAGCGGACGGCACCCGCAGCAUUACUUAACACGGUGGCAUUGAUCAAAUCUCCCAAUAGAAUUGGUCCAUGGAUGCCAGAGAGUGGGCCACAAACUCCCUCGACCGAACAAACGAGCAACCCAGGAUUUAACCUUGGAGCUGCAUUUCGGGUACACGACCACAACGAACCCGGUUUGUCUACGCUUGGAGGCUAUAUAACUGACUGUAUGUGGCCUCAUCUCGCUCCAGAGUUACGCCCAGUUCCUCUGCCAGCGCGUCAGCGGCUUCCCACAAGGGCAGUUGCUCUGGAGUUAAUUGAGGAAGCUUUCAGCAACUAUAACAGAUUCCUUCCACUUUUUCAUGAAGAGGACUUCUUAAAAGAGUUUCAACUCAAGUACUCAACUUCCAAUCCUGGAGAUGCUGGUUGGUGGGCAUGCCUCAAUGUUGUGCUGUCAAUAGCUCAUCGUCUCCGCGCCAUACGCACAUUAGACCCGACACAGGAGCACCUUCUAGCUUAUGGCUAUGUACAAAACGCCCUAAGCGUCGUCUCCGAGCUGAACGUCUCUGACCGCAGUCUCUCUGCCGUCCAGGCUCUUGCGGGUAUGGCUUGCAUUCUUCAGGACACACCGAAUCCGGAGCCAGCCGCAAUGCUCGUUGCCGCCGCUCUACGCUUGGCACAGGCUAUGAAUCUGCACAGAGAAUGUUCCAGUCCAGGACUCACGGAAUCACAAGCCGAGAAACGAAGGCGGGUGUUUUGGAAGGUGUACAUUCUUGACAAGGAUAUUAGUCUACGGACGGGCCGACCUUUUGGUCAAGAUGAUGAUGACAUGGAUGUACGUCUGCCAUCAAACGCAAGUCUUGAGCCGGGUAAUCUAGACCUCUUCAACUGUCGCAUAGGGCUUGCGAUUGUUCAGGGGCAGGUGUAUAAACAAUUGUACUCGGUACGGGCUGGACGACAAACUGCGACACAGAGAGCGAUUGCGGCACAAGAGUUGAGCUCUUUAUUAUCGUAUUGGAAGUCCAAGUCCAGCGCGCAGCUGGAACUACCAGAAGACUCCACGGUAUUGCCAGGGCUCCAGCUUACAGGCGAGAUGAUCCACAAGGUGGUUCUACAACUUACAUAUAUGCAUUGCCUCGCAAUGAUUGAUCGCCACUUGCCCUCAACGGCGCAAUCUUCCUCCAACCAAGAGCUCAGCCGGUCUGAACCAUUCUCGCCCACAGGCAGUCUAUGCGUCGCUGAGUCACGCAAGGCGAUCCGUCUCGUUGAAGCCAUCCCUCAAGGAGACUGCGCCUGUGUCUGGAUGCUUCUUCACGCUUUCUUCGCUGCAGCCAGCAGCAUGCUCCAUAAUUUAACACAAAAUCCUAUGUCGCCAAACGCAGUUUCAGAUCUCGAUCUCGUCGAGCCAUUUCUACGUCUGUUAGAGACACUUGCCAGGGAUCCAAGCAUACUCUCACAGUCCGAGGAACUGGUGCGAAUGCGUCGCACUUGCAACAGCUUAAACCUCGAAGCAAAAGAGGCUGUUCAACUUUUCAGUUUAAGGUCUCCGGCGUUCUUCACAUGA